GGCUGCGCUUCUGCCAUGGCUCCUGCAGAGUCUCCAGCCUCCCUUCCUCUGUGUGUGUGUCUGCUGCUGGCCUCUGGCUUUGCCCAGGCAGGCAGGCUGCUGGUGGUGCCCAUGGAUGGGAGCCACUGGUUCACCAUGCAGACGGUUGUGGAGGAACUCCUGCACAGAGGGCAUGAGGUGGUGGUAGUCGUGCCAGAGGUGAGUUGGCAACUGGGACGAUCCCUGAACGUUACAGUGAAGACAUACUCAACUUCUCACACUCUGGAGGAUCUGGACCGUGAGUUUAAGUUUUUUUCGGACACUCAGUUGAAAACUCCAGAACAAAGUAUGCGUUCUUUAACAACAGGCUCAGCCAAAGGUUUCUUCAAGCUAAUUUUUUCACUCUGCAGAAGUGUGUUUAACGACAAGAAGUUAGUGGAGUACUUGAAGCAGAGCGCUUUUGAUGCUGUGUUUCUGGAUCCUUUUGAUGUGUGUGGCUUAACUGUUGCCAAAUACCUGUCACUUCCAUCAGUGGUCUUUGCAAGAGGUAUAUUUUGCCACUAUCUUGAAGAGGGUGCCCAGUGCCCCAGUCCUCCUUCGUAUGUUCCCAGAGUUCUCUCAAAAUUCACAGACACCAUGACUUUCAAGGAGAGAGUGUGGAACCAUCUCUCCUACAUGUUGGAGUAUGCAUUUUGUCAUAAUUUCUUCAAAACUGCUUCAGAAAUUGCCUCUGAAGUUCUCCAGACCCCAGUGACUAUGUCUGACCUCUUCAGCCCCGUGUCCAUUUGGCUGUUACGCACUGACUUUGUCCUGGAGUUCCCCAGACCUAUGAUGCCCAACGUGAUCUUCGUUGGCGGCAUCAACUGCCACCAGGGAAAGCCGCUUUCCAAGAUAAUUGUGCAGUAG